GCUAGGCUGGGCGUGCAACUGAGAGAAGGGAACUUAUUGUUCACUUGCUUAGCCACUUGCCAGACUACUGAGUGCUUAGUUACGAAACAUAAACAAAGCAGCAAAAAGAAAGAAAUCAAAAAACAAACCAACCCUGCACUUCACUGGGAAGUUUGUGGCUAUGAAGACUUAGGCUACAGGUUUCAGGGAAAGCUAUCCGAGAUUUUGGACUAUUUUGGAUGCAGCAUCUGUCCAUCUGUUGCAGCAAGGAUGAGCAGCUCCUGUGUGACUCUGGCUGAGGUCCUGCAGCUGAAGGGAAGCCCUUUGGAGGAGGAAGAUAUAUGGGCUCUCUUACAUCUGGGCACAGAAAAUCUUCUCCAGGACCUGCCCAAAGAUCCACUUAUCCAUGUGAUUUGCCCAUGGUCAAUGGUACUUUCAGCCAGAGGAAGUUUGUCUUUCCAAGACAAUGUGUCUCACCAAGAAGCUGCCCCUUUCAGGGCACCAGAACUGCUCCAUGGACAGAGUAAAAACAAGCAUGUUGGAUUGACAAAGAUGCUGGUGUAUUCUUUGGGAAUGACCCUCUAUUGGUCAGCAGACUAUCAGGUUCCUCCAAACCAGUCCCUUCAGCUGAGUGAUCAGUUACAUGCCCUGCUGCUAAAGCUGUGUGAAGAUCUGCCGCAUAAAAGACUUUCCCCAGAAUCCAUUUUGGAGGCAUGUGAAGUGCACCAGAAGGAAUCUUCCUUUUCUCCUGCAAGUGUUUACAUCCAGAGAAUGGUCAAAUUUGUGCUAGGAAGCAUCACUGAGGUAGAGCAGAUAGCCACUGAAGACAGCCACCUGAACAGAAGCCAUGUGAUAAGGAAAAGGCUGCACGGGAAAGCAUCUGACAGCUCAGCAUUGCCCUCCCAGCUGAAUUUUCAUCAAGGGGCCAGGUUACUGAAUUAUAGUCAGUCGGCAGAGGAUUACAGACAACUCUCUGUGGAUUAUUGUGACUCCAGCAGCAUUUCGGAGAGCGCAUCUUUGAUACUGUCAAACAGGGGCUGCAGGAGAGGGAGAGCUCCGCAAGCACAGCAGGCGUGGGACCCAAACCUGAGUGGGUCGAGGACACACAGUAGCUACAAGCUCUUCAUUAACAGAUCAGCAAGUGCUGUGGAUGAAAUCCCUGCUGGGACUCAGAAGAACGACAAGCCCAACCUUCUGAAGUUAGGCUCUACCUUCUCGGUGUCUGCCAAGGACUCAUUAGCAGCUGCUGCGUCUCUGAGGUGCUUGUUCCAAAGAAAAGAAAAGUUUUCAGGGCCAGAAUUUAUCAUUCUGUCCAGUGAACCACCAGUGACCUUACAACUGCCUGGAUCCAUUGUGACUAAAAAAGGGAAAUCCUAUUUGUCUCAAAGGGACCUCAGUGUGAUUCUGCUCAGCGGGCAGUGCCUCGAGGUGAAAUGUGACAUCAAGUCGAAGGCGAGAGAUGUCUUCAAUACGGUCGUGGCCUACGCAAACCUGGUGGAACAUUUCUACUUCGGCUUAGCUUACCUGAAAGGUAAAGAGUUUUUCUUUUUGGACGAUGAGACCAAACUCUACAAAGUGGCCCCAGAGGGCUGGAAUGACCAACCCAAGAAGAAAACCUUCAUUAUUAACUUCACGCUCUUUCUGAGGAUAAAAUUCUUUGUCAACCACUUUAACGUCAUCCAACAUGGUCUGACAAGGCAUCAGUUUUACCUGCAGCUUCGUAAAGAUAUUCUGGAGGAGCGGCUGUACUGCAAUGACGAGACCUCCCUGCAGUUAGGUGCUUUAGCCUUGCAGGCAGAACUUGGAAAUUAUGCUCCUGAGAUGCAUGGGAAGAACUAUUUUCGCGUUGAAGACUACGUUCCCGCGAGCCGGAUAGAGAAAAUGACCCUGGCGUGCAUACAGCGAGAACUUGCCAAGCUGCACCGCAUGAACCACUCCCUCUUUGAAGAUGAAGCCGAGCUGGAAUUUUUAAGGGUGACUCAGCAACUCCCAGAGUAUGGGGUACUGUUCCAUCGGGUGUCCCAAGAGAAGAAGGCAGCCGGAGGGGACACCGUCCUGGGAAUCUGUGCCAAGGGCAUCAUUGUGUACGAGAUGAAAAACCACACCAGAAUUGCCAGUUUAAGAUUUCAAUGGAGGGAAAUGGAGAGGAUUUCAGCUCACAGAAGAAAGUUCAUGAUCGAAAGCAACUUCAGUGGCAAAAAACACAUGUUCGUCACCGACACGGCAAAGACUUGUAAAUAUAUACUGGACCUCUGCUCUGCCCAGCACAAAUUUAAUGCUCAGAUGCAUUCCAGGCAGCUUCAGCAAGCUUCGUCUGAGGACAGCAAGUUUAUGGAAAUAGUCAAAUCAAAUUCUGCUUAUGCAACUCAGAACGAACAUCUUGCCCUGAUUCAGAGACUGUCCUGCUCAGAAAAUGUGCUGUAUGGGGCCAACCUGGAGCAUAUGUCUGCUGGGAUGAUGAGCAAGUCUUGCGAUAACCUCAGUGUGGAAACCAACAAUGGGAUUGGGGACAAAAGCAAUCUAGGCAGCUCCCACUCUGGAUUGUCCCAGUCAGAAGUACACAUUAGUUUGAAUGAAAAACGACGGAGUUAUGACUAUCUCUCUAUCCAUUCAACACCAAAUACAGCCAGCACCCCAAGUUCCCCAGUCAACCAAAGAGAGAAUGCGCUGUCUGGAUUAGAAAGAGAAAUCAUUUGUGUCACCUUAAAACGAGAUCCUAAAAAUGGCUUUGGUUUUGUAAUUAUUGGAGGAGAAAAUGUGGGGAAAUUAGACCUCGGAAUAUUUAUCGCAUCAAUUAUCCCCGGGGGACCUGCAGACAGAGCGGGACAUAUCAAACCAGGGGGACGACUCAUCUCCGUGAAUAAUGUUAGCCUCGAGGGUGUUUCUUUUAAUACUGCGGUUAAAAUUAUACAGAAUUGUCCUGAUGACGUGGAACUGAUCAUCUCUCAACCCAAAGACAUAUCUGAAGAAGGACUGAAUGAGGAGAAGAAUUUGUCAAGAAAAAACAGCACUAGUGGGUCUGAGAUCUCUUGUGCAGACAGUGGAAGAAAAAGGAUUCAAGACUGUCAUACAGCACCUUCCAAAGAAGUAGACAUGAAUACAGAUGAACUUGAGAAGGUUCUUUCUUGGAAUUUAGCACCAAAAUUGGGUCCCAAGAUUCCUGUUCUUUCAGUUGACAGCCUGGAUAUUGAGGUAACCACAGUUUUGAUAUUGCUCAGCUGUGACACUACGUCAAAUAAAGAAUCAGGUGAAUAUUUGCAGGGUGGAAUCAACACUAGCGUGCGUGAUGGUGGAAUAUACGUGAAGUCAGUUAUCCCCAGAGGACCAGCUGAUAAGGAUGGACAAAUAAAAAAAGGUGAUCGGCUGCUGGAGGUGGACAGGAUCAGCCUCUGUGGCAUCACGCACAAGCAGGCUGUGGAAUGCCUGAAGAAAUCUGGCCAGGUUGUCAGGCUGCUUCUAGAAAGGGGACGUCACAAAUCUGCAGAGCCGUGUCCAGCUGCUAAAGACAGAACGGAGGAGAAAUCUGUGAUCGUUUCCUUGGCAACGCCCUUGUCAGCUGGUCCCAACGGCUACUCCUUUGCAACAGACGAUAAUACGUUUGAAGUCAAGCUGACGAAGAACUCCGGAGGCCUCGGCUUCAGCUUUCUGCAGAUGGAAAGAGAGGCUUGCGAACACCUCGGAGAAGAGAUUGUGAGGAUCAAAAGACUGUUUCCAGGGCAGCCAGCUGAAGAGAAUGGAGAGAUUGAAGUCGGAGACGUCAUUUUAGCUGUUAAUGAGAAACCUAUUCAAGGACUCUCGUAUCAGGAUGUCCUGCACUUGCUGAGAGGAGCUCCUCGACAAGUCACGCUUCUUCUCUGCAGGCCUCCAAAAGGUCUUCUUCCAGAAAUAGACCAGAGCGCACUGACCCCAGUGCCUUCUCUGGUUAAGGAGUUUGGGACUGUGACACCAGCUACCCCAGAGCCCAGCGGUGGUGCAGGUCAUGCUGCUAGCGAGAGGGACAGUACUUCUCCAGAACUGGAAGACUAUAUGGAUUCUGAAGCAGUGGCCUCUUGCGGUGACCCUCCUGAGGAGGAGAACUUGUCUCCUGAGGAGCAGGGCACGGAACCUUCCCAAGAGAAGCCAUGUGACAGGCCUGGAGCCCACAGUGAGCACUCCUACAAGCACCUCUGGAAAUGGCGUCGGGAAGCCAUUGCCUCUGAGACGUUCCUGUCUCUGGAGGAAGAGGUGAUGCGGAACUGCUACUCACCAUGUGAGAGUGGAAGCGCUGAAAGCCCUGCCUUUGAGAGGAGUGAUGAUGACCUCGCCAGCACCUAUUGCGUCCCUGACAUUCUCUCCCCCACCCCUAUCGAUAAGGAGUAUCUCACACUCAGCUCCACAUCUCUGACCUCGCUCUCAUGUGGCGGGAGCUCAGACACAGCCUCCACCACUAUUGCCACCCCGCAGCCACGUGAUCCUUUCUCGGCACCCUUCCCUGCUAGAGAACCGGGCAAUAGUGACAACGAGUGGGAAGACUUUGAGGAACUAGAGGGAGAGGAGAAGGAAGAGGAAUAUACCAGGGAAACGGAGGUGCUCGUCACUGUGACAAGAUCGGAGAACAAUUGUUACGGAUUCACAGUGGUUCCUAACAAACUGGACAACUGCCUGUAUGUGGAGGAAAUCCUGGCUGAGCCUGCCCUGUCUGAUGGAAGACUGAGAAGAGGGGACAGACUCAUUAUGGUGAACGGAGUUGAUGUCACAGCAUUCUCCUUUGAUGAAACCCUGGCGUUGCUGCACAGCUCUUCUCCCGAUUUGAGCCUGGUGGUUGGCCGGGUUAACGAGGACCCCCAUGCCUCUGUUAGACCAGAUGAGAUUCCUGAAAUCACCCUCACAAAAGGCGACAAUGGACAACUGGGCUUGAAGUUAACAGGAGGAGCCGGGAGCAAAUUGCAGGGUAUCUACGUGCUUGAGAUCGUGCCAGGCUCUCCCGCCAGUAUAGAAGGCAGCUUGCAGCCACGGGAUCAGAUUGUCUACAUCUGCGGGCUAUGGACGGAGGGCCUCAGCCUGGACGAUGCAGUGCAAGUGUGUGAGGCUGCCAGCCACAAUGUCUGCAUCAGGGCAACAAGAAAUGGCAAUCCAGUGGUUCCCACAGAGCAGCAGAAUAAGCCACCUGCUGAGCCAGAGGAAGUCAAAGUAUCUCUCUCAAAUGAAAACGUGAGUCUCCAAGAACAACAUCUACCCUGUCAACAUACAAAGCACUCGGAGGAAGAAAGUGGUGGGGUUGAGCAAAGCACAUCUGACUCAGCAGAUUAUGAGGACUGCAUCAUUAAGAUUGAGCUGGAGAAAACUGCCAAUGGGAGUCUGGGAUUUGCGCUAGUAGGUGGCAGAAAUGGCCGGGCUAUCCUAAUUAAAGCCAUCAGCCCAGGAAGUAUCGCUGAUCUCGACGGGAGGCUUCAAGUGGGUGACAUCUUACUAAAGGUGAAUGGAGAUUUAGUGUCUGGUUUGACGCGCAAUACAGUGAUCGACCUCUUACGCAAGGCUCAAGGCACCAUUCAGCUCACUGUCUGCCGAAGCGUGGCAUUGCAUUGGGCUUAUUCAGGCAGCCAGUGUGAUACUUCUUCCCUCCAGAGCACAACAGCCCAGUCGGAUGAACAAGGUAACGAGAGAAGCCUAGAAGCCAAGCACUCAUUCACUUUCAGAGGAGGGGAAGAGGAAUCCAGCCAGAUGUGCAGCAAGGAUUCAGAAAGUAAAUGCAGUUCACCCCUGCAAAGUCAAUCAACUGAACUGGAGUUUGGGGCAAAUGCAGACAGAUUACAGAAAUACUCCAGGUGUGAAAGCAGCCUUAGAACAGACAGUCAGGAGUCUGAGACUGACAGCUGGAUAAGUGAGGAAGAUGGAGUGGCCCGGAGGAUUUCCGUUCUACCCAGAGGCAGAACACUUGUUUCUGAAGACGAGCUGACUCAGCUGACUCACAUUAUGCCAUCGCUGACUGGGGUAGAUCUGAGGUCUCGUCUCAGAGUUCUGAUCCAGAGCCUUCGGAGGCAGAUUGAAGAGCAAGAGAUCCUGAAAGAGUUUGUGGCUUUAGAACACAUGAAACCGCUCGAUGGCUGCCAAGUUGGGAAAGCGCCAGAAAACCGGGAGAAAAACAGAUACCGAGAUAUCCUUCCAUAUGAUGCGACACGGGUUCCUCUUGGAGCAACCAGGGGCUAUAUUAAUGCAAGUUACAUCCGAACGCAUAUUGGAGAAGAGGAACAUUUCUAUAUUUCAACACAAGGGCCUCUGCCUUGCACUGUGGCUGAUUUCUGGCAAAUGAUUUGGGAGAAUGAGUCAGAUGUGAUUGCCAUGAUGACGAAAGAAGUGGAGCUUGGAAAAGUCAAGUGUCACAGAUACUGGCCUGAACCUCCACAGGACUCUCUAGACCUCAGUGAAUUCCAUCUGAGGCUGGACAACUGCCAGAUCUUGGAAUAUUUUAUCAUCCGAAUAAUAGAAAUAAUUAACAAGCAGACAGGAGAGAGACGCUUUGUAAAACACUUGCAGUUUACCACUUGGCCAGAUCACGGUACUCCCAGACUGAUAGAGCAUCUCGUCAAAUUCAUUCGCUACAUGAGAAAAAUUCACCAGACGGGCCCCAUAACGGCCCACUGCAGCGCUGGGAUUGGAAGGAGCGGGGUUCUGCUUUGUAUUGAUAUUUUGCUGAGCUGCAUUGAAAAAGAUCUAUGUUUCAACAUCAAGCAGAUAGUGAGAGAGCUGAGGCAUCAGCGAUUUGGCAUGAUUCAGACCAAGGACCAGUACCUAUUCUGCUACGAAGUAGUGCUGCAAGUGCUGCAGAACAUUGAAACCAUGGAAUCCCAUCUCCUCCAAUAAGAACCUCUGCUAUUGCCGCUCGUCUUGGAGACCCCCCUCUUACUUGAGACUUAUUCUAACGGGCUGUCAGACCAGCAUGGACAGGCGCUGUACUGCGUGCACUAUCUCGCUUGUCGCGCUGUGUUAGGAAAUGUUGAUUUCUAAAGCAUUUCUAAACCAGCAUAAAAUAGGUUGGUAAAUUAUUUAUACGCUGGCUCACUGGGUUGAGAAUUGAUCAGCAUCACUGGUAAGUUGCCACAGAGAGUAAUUUGGAUGUUCUGCGUAACAGCAUAUUGGUGGCCAGGAGAAUGACUUUGGCUGGUGGCUAGGAAGUAACGUACCCUAUCAUGGACUGCAGCUGUAUUCAGUUAGCUUUAAUAUCGGAAGGGCAGCUAGGAAGCUCUGAGACCAUGACUGUUUCAAGUUGAAGGUCAGUUGUCUCUCCUAUGUCACUGUAGACUUUUGCUCCUGUAUUUUGAAUCAAUAUUCUCUGCUCCCAGUGAUGCUCUCAAGUGGGGGUGCCAAUUCAUUUGGUUCUGGUUGUUUGAACAACUUAGAGCUAUUUUCUGCCAUCAUUCUAGCUUUAGGGCCCACUGCCAUUGGUGGAAGUUUUCAUAAAUAAGUUGAUGGCAGGACAUGACCCCAAAGCUCUAGUGAGCUACUUUCAGAGCAGGCAGAGCUCCAACAAUUGGAAUGGAUGGCGGUUUUCCCCUAGCAAUAUCAGCUAUGUAGAUAUCAUUAGCUCCUUUCAUUCUGUACCCAUGUCAAAAGGAAAGUAUUACUAAACCAGCUCUGUGAGUGUGUGUAUAUAGAACUGUCACACUAAACGUGCAAUUCUUCCCUUCCCAUUGAUUUGCUAUCUAAUAGUCCCUUAUUUAGGGCCUGAUCCAACUCCAGUUCAAGUUGAUGGAAAGCUCCAUUGAUUUUGGGGGCAGGGGGGUUGAAUCUGGUCCUUAAGCAACAUUAAAUAGCUCUGUUGUACUAUACACUUUUUUGUGAAAGCUGGUUCUCUUUCUGAGAGUUCCAGUUUGAGCAAAUCUCUCCUGCUUUCCCCUCUCCUCCAAUUCAUCCCAUGAGACUGAAAUCUGCAUUAAACUGGAAAACUCUCUGGGAUAUCUUACCUACCUCACAGCCUGGGGCAUUGUGGGGGUUCAUUUGUUCAUGUUUGUAAAUUGCAAACUACUGCUAUGAUAUUAUUGUAACUCGUUUGCCUAGAGGGUUAUAUUUAUGGAAGUAGAAUUAUUAGCAAUGCAACAGAAGAUUACCUUCUGUUAAAAAUAGGCAACACAAUGGUGAAAUAUAUUAACAGCAAUGUGUGUAUAAAAACUGCUUCCUUGACUUCAAGACAGUAGUAAUAUUAAGAGAUAUUUACAUACAAAGCCACUCUGCAAGCUACAAGAUAAUAAAUACUCUUGUUUCAUUUUAUUAUGGAUCAGAGUGAUAGAUUUAUGGCGGAAGAGGAAUAUGGCAUUAAAUACAAUUUAAAAGUCUGACUUUCAGAAAAAUGCAUCCUUAUAAAGUUCUUCUAAGAUUCCAUGUCAAUUUCUCCUUGCUGCCCCCAGCUCCAGUGGGCUAACCCAAGAGUAACGGAGAGUAGAAUUUACAGUGUAAGCCAGACGCUGAUUCAGUCACAGUGAUAGAACUCCUUUUAAGUUAUUGGAGCAACUCCAGAUUUACACUGCUGUAAAUGAGAACAGAACCUGGUGUUCUAUCUUGAAUUAACUGAGUUUGAGCCUUCUAGAAAGCAUUACUCUCCAUGCAUUAUGAAUUUGUUUUACUCUCUGCAUGCUGCAUCUAGAGUAGCCGUUAUUUGCACAGAUUUGUCAAGCAUCGUUAGCCAAGUGUUCAUAAAUCUGUUACCUCUAUUGGGUUUUGGCCUUUCACUUUGGUUUUAUUUACUGCACUGUACAUGUAUUGCUAUGUAAGAUAAAAUUGCACAACCUAAUGCACAAUUCACUUUUUGUACUAAACUGAUUUAAACCAGUUUCGCAAUGGAAAUGUUUUGGACUUUGUACAAACAUGGCUGUGAACAAACCUAUUGGACUUGUAAAGACAAUCCUGGUGGUAACCUGUGUUGCUCCACUUUUUACACAUGCAUCAUCUUUGCAGCUGUUUGAACAUAUAAAUGUUUCCUGUUUUACAGAGAUAUUAAAAUAAGAGAUGUUUGACAAAA